CCACAGGCAAGUGUUUCCGCCACAACUACCCGUAUCUUGUAGGCUUAUUAUAGCGCAUAGGAUCGCAAAAGAUGCUCCUCUUCGAUUUAUGAUACAUGUGGGUAAAACCCACGAACCAUUCCGAUCCAGUGAGCUAUAUUAAGCAAAGCAUAACCUCAUAGCCUAAUAUCGUGGCAACUGGACUUAGUGGAUGACGUCAGUAUUUAGCCUAAAAGGUGAAGAUGAUUUUACACUAUUCUGUGUGACACCCACAUCAAUGACGUGACACGUAGCCUAUCUGUACGAUUAUUAACGAUACCGUUUUCUUAGUGGAAUUGCACGUGAAGAAAUCUCUGUUGCCCAUCCACCUGAGCUGCGAACAGGUGGGGCUGGAGAUGUUGUGCCUGUGCGGUCAGCUUGACCUCCUCAUCCGUGCUCAGGUUCACCAGUUUCAAGAGCAGCUUAAACGGAAUUCCAGCCCCAUGGAAUCAUAUGCUCUCCAAAGACAAGGAGCUGAGAUCAUAGAACAAAUGCAUCAGUGCCUUGAACACCUGCCCAAACCUGCACCAGAACUUGAAGACUACCUAGAUAUUGUGGGACUGUCUACUAUGUUCCCUCGAGUGGAGAUUUUUGUCAUACAUGGCAGCCCCGUAGACAUGCUGGAAAAGCCAGCUUUGGAUGGGUACUUCCCUCACAUUGGGAGACUUAACCAGCUCCUUGUCCUCUGCCAGCAACUUGAGGAUGAUGUUCAACAUCUAGGAAGUCACAAAUACAUUGCCCAUCAGCUAUCAGUCAUUUAUCAAGUUCUUAGUUCGUUGAAGGGCAUUUUGCCCCUCGCUGGUAUAAGGAAAGACAUUGAGGCUCACUUCAAAGAAAUUAAAAAGGCUCUGGUGCCUGAGGAAGGAUCCAAACUAGACCCUCAGCUGCCCUCUCACCACAUCAACUGGAUACUGGAAGUCACUCAGACUUUAGUAUCAACAGUGUCUUCACUUCCGGAGGAACUUACCGAGGACCUUAACCAAGUGAUGGCCUUUGUUUCAAAGCUGAAAUGAUGGCAAACAAUUGUGCUUUUCUCCUGAUAUUCCCAGCAAUUUAGAUCUUCACUUGUGUCUUAAUGAGAAAGUCAUUUUGAAUGUUGUAAAAAUGUUGGUAGAUCAGUGUGACUAUGAUAAGUGUGACAUAUGUCCAGGCUGUAGUUUUUGGACCAUUUACAAGAGGAUAAAUAAUACAGGCUUAUUUUGGGUAGACCAUUGGAAACAUUCUUUUUGAAGUGUACAGUGUAACCAUAAUUUUCUGUUAGUACACUGCACUACACAUCAAGUUGAUAUGCUGGAAGAGAACCUCUUAAAAAUUUGCCAAGGAUUUUUACCACUGCACAUGCACACUAUAGUAUUUUCUAUUUUCAAAAGUUGACCUUUAUUUGGUUGGCUUUUGUAUGGCAUUUGAUGCAUCCAUCUAUCUUAUGAAGUAAACAACAUAAGUAAUACAAAAGAUUCUGAAAAGUGCCCAUUAUUAUCACAAUAACUUGACAUCCCAGUGAUCCCACAACCUUCAUAUCAGUGCAUACACUAUUGUUUUGUUUUGCUGUUUGAUUUCAAAUGUCAUUGAAAUACACAAUUAAUGGCCACAUUACAUGAAAUGAAAGUCUAAAAUGUUUUGUCAAUUUGUCAUUAAAACAUAUGCAAUGACUAGUGUAAUGUUUUUCCCUAUGGCUCGUUCAGGGUGCUUAUCAUAU